AUGACUUAGUCAUCUGGAAUUUUAGGAAUUUGCAAUUUAUUUAGCCCUGGUCCAGGAAAAUACAAUUUAAAAAGUCAAUUGAAUAAUAAGGCUUAUUCCAUUAGGGCUAAAACUGCAAAUCCAGAGCUUAUCAACCUAUUUAUACUAUCAACUCAUACGGAAGAAACUUCAUUUCUAAAUUCCAAUCAAGCAAAUGUAGAAUUUUUUCAAGAUCUGAAAAAAGAUUAUAACAUACAAAGAAUUUAUCAACACCAGGACCUGGAUCUUAUAGAUUACCUAGUGAAUUUGGUUAUUAUGUUGAUAGACAUGUUGCAAAAUGA